AUGGUUCCGAAACGACGAAGAGCACUCCCAGCGGUCUGGAUGAGAGCUGGUACUUCCAAGGGUCUUUAUCUACAUCGUCAAGAUCUACCACAAAGCCAAAAUGAUUGGGCUUCUGUGAUCACAAGAGUCAUGGGCUCGUAUGAUGCAGACCCUAAACAAUUAGAUGGUAUUGGUGGAGCUACCUCGACUACAUCUAAAGUUGCUGUGAUCUCGCGGUCCACCAGACCAGGCAUAGAUGUCGAUUACACCUUUGUCCAAGUGACAAUUGGUGCUCCGAAGUUGGAUAUGACUGGCAAUUGUGGUAAUAUCGCAUCCGGUGUUGGUCCUUUCGCGGUCGAUGAGGGCCUAGUCGAUGUGCUGCCAGGGCAGAAGCAGGUCCAAGUCAGAAUCUUCAACACAAACACAAAGUCGGUGAUGAUCGAAACAGUCCAAGUCGAUGACGAAGGUCACUUCCUCGAAGAUGGCGACUGCAAAUUGCCUGGGCUUUUCUCAGUCGGAAGCCGAGUACAGAUGGGCUUCUCGAAACCUGCUGGAGCCAUGACAGGCAAGCUAUUACCUUCUGGACGCGCGAUGAACACCAUUCUCAUGCAGACCUUUUUCAAUUCCGAACCAAUUCCGAUACAAGUCAGUCUUGUUGAUGCAGCAAACCCUUUCUGUCUUGUCGACGGCUCAACGCUGCCAGACUUCUUCCACCAAGAGGGUCCGGGUGCAACCUCAACAUUGGAGUUCAUCGAGAGAAUUCGAAGAGAAGCAGCAGUCAUGAUGGGUCUUGCGACCAGCACCUCCGAAGCGGCACUUACGAGAGGUACUCCCAAGAUAGCAGUACUAUCAAAGCCGGAACCGCAAGAGGGCGUGCCUUCGGUAGACAUCCAAUGUGUUGCGUACUCAAUGGGCAAAGUUCAUGGUAGUUUGCAGUUGACAGGAGCGGUCUGCCUCGGUACUGCAGCAUGUACCAAGGGCACAGUGGCGUACGAACUUCGUAACAGCUCAUGUUCGAGGACAAGGCAGGACUCUCCUGUACAGCUAGACAAUGUGCCUGCGCUUGAGACAGUCCGUCUACGUCAUCCUGGUGGAGACAUGGACGUUGACGUUCGUUUAGAUGCAAAGGAGCAAGUGGAGGAAGUGAUAGUGUUCCGAACUGCACGCCGAUUAUUCGAGGGCAAGGUCUAUUAUCUGGGAUGA